CUCAUGAAACCUCCCCAAAUGCCAGUGCCACUCCUCUCUCUCUCUCUACAAUUAUUCUACACAACAUCUUCAAUAUUAGGUUAGCCAAAUUAAGAGUUGUUUGAUCUUGUCGCCAUUGUUGUUGUGUUGUUGCUGUGAUCUCUGUGUUUUUUGGAGCCAUGGUGAGAGCUCCUUGUUGUGAAAAAGUGGGGCUGAAAAAGGGAAGAUGGACAGCUGAAGAAGAUGAGAUUUUGACCAAGUAUAUCCAAGCCAAUGGAGAAGGCUCUUGGAGAUCUUUACCCAAAAAUGCAGGAUUGCUAAGGUGUGGAAAGAGCUGCAGAUUGAGAUGGAUUAACUAUCUAAGGACAGACUUGAAGAGAGGGAACAUCACCAGUGAGGAUGAACAAAUGAUUGUAAAGCUGCAUAAUGUUUUUGGCAACAGGUGGUCUUUAAUAGCGGGACAUUUGCCUGGCCGAACGGACAACGAAAUAAAGAACUACUGGAAUUCCCAUCUGAGUAGAAAAAUCUACACUGUGACAUGGCCGACAUCCGACAAGUCAUCAUCCGCUCCUUCGUCUGUUGUCACUGCCAUCCUCGACAUCGCUCCUACGACCAAGCGAAGACGAUGCACCACAGAUCGGAAAGCAGGGAAAACAACAAUCCCUACUCCUGAUCAUAUGGAGAAAGAGGAAGAGGAAGAGGAAGAGGAAGAAGGAGAAAGAGAAGUGUUGAGGUCAGAAUUACACAAAGAAGAAGAUGAUGGAAAGGCAUUAUUAUUGGGAAAUAAUGAAGUGGUUUUGAGCCCCAUAAUGGAGCAUGGGGAGAAUUGGGGACCAUAUGAUUGGCUAGAUGGUGAAAUAAUGAGACUCAAUAAUGAAAUUCUUGAAUGGGGAGUGGUGGAAUCAAGUGGGAAUUUAUGUAGUGAUCAAACAAAAGUGAUGACAAGUAGUACUGAUAAUGAAGAUCAUCAUCAGAAUGGGUCAUGUUCCUCUUCAAUGAAUUCAGCUUUGGAAAAUGAGCAAUGCCUGAAUUGGGCUUGGGAAGAUGUUGGAUCUGUCGAAGAAAUUUUGGACCAAUGGGAGCUUCAAGAUAUUUCAUCUUGGUUAUGGGGAGGCGAUCGAGAUUCCUGACGAUAGAUAUCUUGAUUCAGUGUAGCGAGAGUUAGAAUUUUCAAAUGCUAGUUGGUUGUUGGGAUUUAAACCUACGACCUAAAACGUGUAGAGAUGUCUUAAUCGUUUAACUGUGCUAUUGUCGGAGGAUAAGAUAAAA